GGAUGGAGAUGGUCAACAAAACAAGACACGCUCAAGUCUUACCUGCCAGGCCGGCAAGUUGUUUUGUAGAAGUGGUAGAAAACACUCCACGCAAUCGUGAGUUGAUACUUUGAUCUGUAAAAUAAAGCUAUCAUGUCAGCAAACGGCCUUGCAUCUAGAAUCCAGCAGUUUCUAGACCCAAGGGAGCGGCUAAUGGCUGGCAUGCAGAGCCCCUUUCAGCGCCUAGCUCAGCAGAUGCAGGACAUUUUGGGGGACGGGGGGAUCCUAAAGGAGGUGAUCCAGGCUGGAGAAGGCUCCCCUGUGCCACGGGAUGCAUCCGUGUCAAUUCAUUUCUCUGCGUACCUGGAGUAUUCUGACCAGCCAUUUGAGACCACCAGCUAUUUGAAGUACCCGCGAAUGAUGAAACUGGGCAGAGAUGUGACGCUGUACGGGCUGGAGGUGGGUGUGCUGACCAUGAAGAAGGGGGAGUUCUCCCGCUUCCUCUUCCUGCCCAAGUACGCGUACGGGGAGUUCGGCUGCCCUCCACUCAUCCCCCCCUCCGCCACCGUGCUGUACGAGGUGCAGAUCCUCGACUACCUGGACUCCGCCGAGGUCGACCACUUCUUCGCGCUUACUCCGGAAGAGCAGAACACUGUUCCUCUGUCCACCGUGCUGAACGUGGUCAAAACACAGCGCUGCUUUGGAAACCGCUGCUUCAACCAGAGCCGCUACGAGGACGCCAAGGACCGAUACAAGCAGGCCUUGACUUUGCUGAAGAACCGUGAGUCGGCGAACGAGGAGGAGGGGCGGAGCAUCGCGGCCAUGCAGCUGCCCGUCUUCCUGAACCUGUCCCUCACUCUGCUGAGGCUGCAGAGGCCCCUGAAGGCCCUCCGCUACGGCCAGAGGGCCCUGGAAGUAGACCCGCACAACACCAAGGCCCUCUUCCGCUGCGGCCAGGCCUGUCUGGAGAUGGACGACUAUGAGAAGGCUCAGGAUUUUCUGCUCAUGGCUCAAGCUAAUAAACCCUUCAACACUGACAUCAACAACAUGCUCAAGAAACUUGCAAGCUGUUACAAGGGCUUCAUGGACAAGGAGAAGGAGAUGUGCUCCAAGAUGUUUCCACACUUUCACGCCAGCUCAAAGAAGUGAAGGUCGCGGCGUGAACGGAUCUCCCACUGCUGCUUGAACAGGCGUCUGUGAGGGAAAGACCCGGAGAGAACAAGACCAGCUUCUCACUGCGUACAGAAUUAUGUGUUUGAGUUUUCCUAGUGCCAAACUGAAAGUGGAUAUGGAGUCAGCCUAGGGUGGGUGUGGGUGUUCCUCACCAUGUAUACCGCUGGACUAAUACUCAUUCAUCCAUUGUUGUGAACAUGCCUAUGUUAUUAGUUUCUUAAUGCGUUUUUUUAAAAUAAUGAUGUACUUUGUUAAUUCAAUAAUUGUUACUAUUAAUCAUUUUUGGUGUGAGUUUUGAAGAAAUAUUCAUAGUUCUACCACAGCAAACUCAAUGUUUGCGUCUUUUGGUUUUGCAGUUCAUUGCCUGAAGAAGUGUG